AAUAGGGGGUGCUGUAGUAAUGUAGUUCCUAUACACGAGCCGCCACUGCCGUGGAAUUCUUGUACUGGUGAGAGUCCGGGCCGUUUUAACAUACUUAUAGGACCCCAGGCAAAGCAAUGGACGAAAACUCCUACAUGCACGACAACAACAUUAAUAGAUUAGUAUGGGCCCCCUCGACAUGUAAGACUCUUAGGUAACUGCUCAAUGUGCUUGUGUACAGAAAUGGCACUAGUAAAAUCUGGUAACUAUAAAAAUCUGAUCAAAGUAAUCGAUUAACUAACUGGUUAAUAAUAAUAGAAGAGAAAUAUAACCAUUGUGUGUGUCUUUGUGAUACAAUGACUCUUCUAAAUUUUAACAUUUGUGUCAAUUGAUGCGAUUUCGCAUCAAGAGUCUUUCAGAUAAUAAUACAAAAACUAAAUAUAUAAAUCUAACCAAAUUAAAGAGGGUUGCAGAUCAAGUGGAGACCACUCUUGCAAAGAUUGAUGUUGCAAGGGACGUAACUCAUAAGAAUACAAACACCGCCCUUUUUCCUGUUCAUCGUCGCUGUUAAUAUCUAAAACUUUUAUGUGUUUAUAUUGUAUAUAUUUCGAAAUAGCGACUGGAAACAAAACAAAUAUAUUUUAAAGAUGAAUAUUAAAUGGAAAAUUAUACCAAAAUCGAGAUUGGACAAGGUUGCUUUUUCUACAAUUUUGAUAGGCAUUCAUAUUGCUAAAUGGUUUUAUCAUACGGAAAUUUUACCUUCCAGAUUCAAACAUCUACCUUGGCAUGAUCCCGUUUACCUACUUCAUUUUACCUUUAGUGUAAUUUGUUAUUUUAAUGUUAUGGUUUGCAUUUGGAAGAUAAGUUCUACAGAUACAACCAGUGGUUCUGUGAUCCUUCCGAGUGUUCUGAAACCUAAAUGGUUUUACUGUUCAGUUUGCGUCUGCAACGCACCUCCGAGGUCUUUUCACUGUGACAUUUGUGACAGAUGCAUCCUUAAACGAGACCAUCAUUGUCUAUUUAUUGGAACAUGCAUUGGCCAUAACAAUUUCCGUUAUUUCAUUUUACUAUUGUUUUAUGUAACCAUCGCUUCUUUUUAUUCAACCCUGAUGUUUGUCCGCUACACACUGACUGAGUUUGGUAGGCUUUCUUUCUCUUACCUGUUCAGUAUAAUUGUACCAAUUUUAGCAUGGCUCUUUGGAGUUUUAUACUCUCCUCACUUGCUAGCUUGUUUUCUCACAGGUCUUUCAUCACUAGUUUUUAUUGCUGUGAUUAGCUGUUUGCUUUAUCAUGUCAGAAAUAUUUAUAAUGGACAGACUACUUAUGAACGUCGUUCAAAGAAACAUGAUUAUAAUCUUGGAUGGAAAAAGAAUUUCUUAGAUGCCUUAGGUAAAAAUUACCACAUAUCCUGGAUAUGUCCUUUGAUUAAUUCUCCCUUACCUGGUGAUGGCAUCAAUUUUACCACUCGGGAUAUGCAUGAAACAGCUAAAUCUCUUUAAAAAGUACUGUUACUUUUCAAAAAGUUCUCAGUUACUAUAAAAUUACAUUUUAGAUACUUAUAAAAAUAUAUAAUUGGAGCAAAACACAUUUUGGCUUGGUCCUCUGCUGGAAAUUAACAUUGUGUGCUUAAGCAGAUUGACAGGAAAUUAGAACCAAUAUAUUUUGACUGAUCAUAAUUUUUUUACAAUAAUUUGUAUUUUACUUUACUGAUUGUGUGCCUUUUUAUUACUGUUUCACAAGAAGCAAGGUUUGAGUCAUACUAGAUGAUUUUCUUUCCCAUUUAGAAUAAUGGUUUCCAAUACUUUCAGGUUCUCAAAAUUGAUUAUAAUUAAGGUUUUUAUUUUGAAGUUGGUCGCUUGACAUUAAAAUAUAGACCUCAGUUAUAAUCAACACUUGAAUAAAAGAAAAAUUAAGAAACUAAGUGUCUUUUACUCCUAUUAAUAAAUUAUGGAUUGUGUCGCAACCCAAAAUUGGACUGUUGCCUUGGAUUCUGAGGGUUAUAUUUCUUAACAACAUUCCCUAAAGAUAAAUUUGAAAUAGUUGUCGUGCUUACUGUUUUAUAUAAUAUAAAGAGGUGUAUUUUUUUAUUUUACCAGCUUCGUAAUAUAAACCAAGUAUAUUUCACAUUUUCAUCAGAAUGGGGCUCCAACCAUUUAUUUUAUUUUUAAACCUUUUGAUACUAAACCAUCUGAGACAGCCUUUGGUUCUUUGAAAAAAACUUUGCUUUAAAAUCAUCUAAAUUUAAACCUUGCAUCAAAGUUUCAUGUUAAUUCAUGUUCCAGACUUCAGACUAACAAUGACAGUUAUUUUACUGACUUCUUUCUUUAUUUUCAAAAUUAAUUGAAAUGUAAACAAUG